AUGAGUAGAAAAUUUCGUUGUGGUCGUUUAAUGCUAACCAAAGAUCGUACAAUAAAAAAACUUGAACUUGAAAAUGGUGGUGGUACUCGUUUUUGUACCUGGGAUAAUGACGAUAUGGAUUUCGAUACUGUUCAUCGUCGUCUUCUCAAUAUUUACAAAUUGAACAGUCGUAAACUAAAUACAUCAUUAUACGACUUUCAACAUCGUCCUCUAAAUAAAAAUGAAUAUAAAAAUUUUUCGCAAUAUAUUAACAUAUACGGAUUGAAUGCUAAUAGUACUAUUAUUUAUCUAUGUACAAAUGCAGUUAAUGAUGACGAUGAUGAUGAUGAUGAUGAUCAGCCAGAAAUAAUAAUGACGAAAACGAAAAAUGUAGUUCCAAUAAAACCAUCAACAGACGAACAAAAAACAUCAACAUUAAUAAGAACUAGUUCGCCAACAACAUGUCUUACAAAGAAAUUUGUCAUAGACAAUCAACAAUUGCAUCAAUUUUCACUAGGUAAUCAAUUGAUAAUAAUUGAUCUUUAUGAUGAUGUAUUAUAUUUAGAAUAUUCAUUUAAAAUUACAAGUAAUAAUUUAAUAAAAUAUGUUCAUAAUUGGAUUAAUCAAAAUAGUUUUGAUCAAAUAUCAAUACAAUUGUUUGAAUACGUAUGCAUUCUAAAUGGUUAUGUUUGUUCAACAAUUGAUCCAUUAAUAGAAAAAAUGAAACAAUCAAAUCAAUAUUUCCAGUUAAUGAGUGAAUCCGAAAUUAUAUUACAUACAAACAGUUUUAAUCAUAUUCAUGACAUUUGUGAAUCGACAAAUACAUUACUUAUGUUGAACAAGAAACAGUUUGAUCAUAUUGAAAUAUUUUCAAUGAUUAACAAUUCUUUUUCUGAAGUUUAUGAUAACUUAAAGACUCUUCGAAACCGAUGGUUAGAGAAUGUUAACAACAAAUUUAAUACAUCUUCAUUGUCAUCAUCAGAUUUAUUUAAAUCAGUAUCUUCAUUACGAGAACCAGCCGAUGAAGAAACAAAUGAAAAAUUUGCUUUAUUUGAACCCAUUUUGAACUGUUCAAAUCAUUUACUAAAUUUAUUAUAUCGUGAAAAUCUAUCGAAAUUUCGUGAAGCAGUUCUAUUAAUGAUUGAAGAAAUAAAAUCUAUACGAUCAACAAUAAAUUUGCAUGAUGAACAAUCAUUACAUCAUGCGAGACGAACAAUUUUAUCAACAAAAGAUCAAAUUAAUAAUACAUUUUAUCAACAGUAUAUUAUCUAUUCUGAAUGUGAAUUAAAUCGACAACUUGAUAUAUCAUGUCAAAAGAUACUAAAAGCAAUAAAAUUUAUAUUAACAUCUAUUGAUCGUUAUCAAAUACAACUGGAUCAAAACAAUCGAAAGAAAUAUUCCAAUUGGUCAUCACCACCUCGUUCAUUCAUUCAUCCAUCAAGAACAAUCUGA